AUGGCGACCCUUCAGACGGUCCGUCGGUGGAUCAUGACAGCUGCCGUCGCUUCAAUCACAAUUACGGGAACUAUCUACGGCGCGGGAUUGAAAGGGCAGCAGGAAGUUAAACAGAAAACACGAUACAUGAUCGAAGCCACGCCCGAAGAACGCAUCGCACAGCUCGAAACCACGCGCGCCCAGUUAAUGCUUAAGAAGAACGAGAUGGAAAGGAAGAUGGCUGUCUUUGCUGAGCGCAGGAAGGAGAAAGAGGCGCGAGAGAAUGGGAAAUGAGGUGUUGGAAGAGACAGGGUCGGAUAACUUGAUGAUUGAAUGGGAUAAUUCAACAAGAGGGGAAGAGUGAUCGUGCUGGUAUACAUGAGAGGCGAGGGUUG